CUGCUCCGGUGAGUGUCUCUCCGUUUGUUUGUCUGUUUUUCGGGCUGUUUCGGCACGUUACCGUGAGGCAGACUGGCCGACUGGGCUGCUGUGCACGCGGGGGUCCGGUACAGGACAGUCUUUUCCUGUUGGCGUGUGCUGAGUCACUCCUUCACCUGAGUUUUACUGACUGCCUGUCCUUGGGCCUCCACUGAACCUCCAGAUUUCUCCAUCCACAGCUGCACCAUGAGUGUAUGAUGUCUGAGAGCAGUUGCUAUGGCCUGCAGCAGCGGUCAGAACAAUGCAGAGACUCUGGAGGGGUUCCACGAGGUGAAUCUGGCCUCGCCCACCACACCUGACCUUCAGAACCAAUCGGAUCAGCGCCCGGCUGUCCGUCACACCACCCCGCCCACUUCUCUAUAUCGCACCCACUCUCUGGGAGCGCCUCCUCCGGGCCUCCCCACCUCACUGCGAGCAGAUCAGCUGCCCACUCAGCCGGUGUACUCGGCACCGCGGCACAACCACAAUGGAAGCGUGCCGGGCCUGGAGGCAGAGUCAGCCGAGUUCAUGUCUGGAGAGGAUGGGGAGGAGUGUGGUGCUCUGAGCGACAGCCUGUCACGGCUGCGCAGCCCGUCGGUGAUGGAGGUCCGAGAGAAAGGAUAUGAGAGGCUGAAGGAGGAGCUCGCCAAGGCUCAGAGGGAGCUGCUGUUGAAGGAUGAGGAGUGUGAGAGGUUGUCUAAAGUCAGAGAUCAGCUCGGCCAGGAGCUGGAGGAGCUCACCGCCAGUCUCUUCCAGGAGGCUCACAAAAUGGUGAGAGAAGCAAACGUCAAACAGGCAAAUGCUGAAAAACAGCUGAAAGAAGCUCUGGGCAAGAUCGACGUCCUCCAGGCAGAGGUUCAGGCCCUGAAGACUCUCGUGCUCUCCUCCCCGACCUCCCCGGUGGGUGAGCUUCCCUCUGUGGGAGCGGGAGGAGGGGUGAAGACUCCCUUCAGGAAGGGCCACAGCAGGAACAAGAGCACCUCCUCCGCCAUGCUGGGGACGCAGCCCGACCCGUCGGCCACGCAGCCCAUUGUACGCGAGUGUCGGGAGGUGGACGGUCAGCUGUUCAGCGACUUCAAGGCAUGGAAGGAGGAGCCGACGCUCGACCGAAGCUGCAGCUUUCUGGAGAGAAUUUACCGUGAGGACAUCUACCCCUGCUUGACCUUCAACAAGAGCGAGCUGGGUUCGGCCAUCUUGGAGGCCGUGGAGCAGAACACGCUGAGUGUGGAGCCGGUCGGCUUCCAGCCGCUGCCUGUGGUCAAAGCAUCAGCGGUGGAGUGCGGAGGACCAAAUGGGCGCAGGUCUGAGCUCGUCACAAAAUGUGCCCUGAGCGGUCAGACCAAAACCUGCAAGCACAGAAUCAAGUUUGGAGAUUCGUCCAGCUAUUACUACGUGUCUCCCUACUGUAGAUACAGAAUCACAGCGGUGUGCAACUUCUUCACCUAUAUCCGCUACAUCCACCAAGGGCUGGUCAAACAGCAAGACGCAGAGCAGAUGUUCUGGGAGGUGAUGCAGCUCCGCAGGGAAAUGUCCCUCGCCAAGCUUGGCUACUACAAAGACCAGCUGUGACCGGGGCCGUCCUCCAAUCACAGCAGAGUCUGAGCUGAAGCCCCGCCCCACCCUGGCUCUUGCCCCUCCCCCUUCUUUUGUGUGAAUGUUUUUUGUGUGAGAGAGAAAAACUGUUUUCAAUCAUCACAAAAAAAGACUGAAGACUGUGAUUUUGGUGCCGGUGGUCAUUACUGAUCUGGACUUCUUUGGGUUCUGAAACAUGCAACGCUCCAGUGUGUCAGAAAACUGACAUGUUUCUAAAAAAUAACACUACAGACUGUUUGGUCAUCAGUUACAUGUGAUCUCUGGAGAGAUGCAUGUGGGUUUUGAAGCCUCAAAGCGAGAAAAAUAUCAAAAAUAGGUGUUAGAAAUAUGAGAAAAUAUCUGAUAAAAGUUGUAUUUCAAGGGUGAAGUUGAACCGUAGAAUAAAGUCAUUGUUUUAAGAGGAAGAACGUUGUAAACAGAAUCACAGAAACUGAGGAAAAAUAACCCCUUUUGUUUUCUGCUGUGGAGACGUCUGUGGCACCUAAAGUGGAGGUUCGAGGAACUGCAGGUCGUGCUGCGCUUCCAGGUUCGCUUCAUUUUCCUGCUAGUUAACGGGACACAUCUUCCUUUUUAUUUAGGAUGAUUUUUCAAAAUAAACCGCCAUUCAUAACAGAAACCGUCAUUAUGGAUUUAUGCGUGAUGGCUUUCAAAGCAGACUUCACCUUAAAUAGUACAAGAAAAUAUUAUUUCAGCAGUAAAGCUGUAGUAAAAUUGCAGCUGUUUAAAAUGUAAACAAUUUAGAAUAUUUGGGUAUAUAUAUAUUUAUGAUAAAACUCAUCGCAGGGAACAAGUGACAGUUGAUGUGACAACGUCUCAACUGAAGAAUUCAGAAUUACAAUUCUUCAUUUUUAAAACCUAAAUUUUGAUUUUUUUUCCUGUAAAUGUUGAAUUUAACUUAAAUUCAUGACUUAUUCUUAAUUGUAAUCCUUUAAAUUAUUAUGUAUUUACGUUCCUGCAAUUUCAGCUUUACUUAGUCAAAUUAAAAUGAACAAUUUUUUCAACCUCCAAAUUUUGACAAUGUAAUAAUUAAUGUUAAAUUAACAUGAAUUUGAGUAUUUUUACUUAUUCUUGUCAAUCUUUCAUUAUUCAUAUAUCAAAAAAAUACUGAGAUUUUUUCCUCAUGUGAAACACUAAGUUGACUCACUCUUAGCACUUUGAUUUUUCUCCAUUAUUUUCCUCUGAAAUUGUGCUCUCAGAAUGUUUUACUUUUCUCAUUAUUUCAUUUUAUUUUCAAACAACUUAAAACUGUUUUCCAGACUUUACAUCAAACUAUUGAGCUCUUUAAUCAUCAAAUUUUGGGGCUUCUUGGGGUUUUUUUGGGUCUGAAAAGUCUGAGAAAUGUCAAAUUUUGAGUUAAAGUAAUUAUAGCUUUGCUACAGUACACUUUCCUCCACUGUUGGCGAGUCUAUCAUAUAUUUUCAGAGGGGAAAAAAAGGUCAAAUUGUUAUUGUUUAGUAAACUUUGAAUAAGCUUGUAUUUUGAGUUAAUUUAGAGGUCUCGAUGAUGGCAGAGUGGGAUACAGUGUUUUUGUUUUUUACUUACAGAAAACAGCUGCAGAAAUAAUCGAACAUGUAUCUGUAGGAGGAAGGACUUAAUGUCGGCUCUUUGAGUUUCUGAGGGUUUUUGUUUUGUUGCUGGACAUUAACAUAUCCUGCUGUGAAACAGGGCGCUCUGCAGCGAGCUCCGUGUGACCAAUCAGGACUCGUGUAGAUAAUAAGCUGUGUGUGUGUGUGUGUGUGUGCGUGCAUGCGCACCUGCUGUUCUGUAAACUUUAUAUAUAUUAAUUUAACCUUGACGUCUCUCUCUCUCUCCUGUUCAUAGUCAAUGUCACUCUCCCGGUUUGGUUUAGUGCCUUCUCUCUCAGACACUGAAAUAAAAACAGUAAUACCUCUGAAAA